CUUCCGUCGCGCGAGCCACGUUCAUGUCGUUCCUCAUGACAUGUCCACUUCCGGUCCGUUCCCGAACCGUUCUGGCUGCUGCCUCAAAUGCAGGGAUAAUCAGGGGAAACUCUUCACCGGCCGCUAUCGUGGCUGCGCUAGUGGCAUCGUCAAUUGCUUCUCUUACGCCCCGUUGUCAGCUCAUCCGAGGUUCCUGAACGAACUAUGCAGGCCGCUUCCAACACCAGUGACCCGCCUGCCCUGCCGCCUGAUUAUUCGAACGCUAGAACACGAAGAGUCAAGUAAGGAAGAUGGGAGACUUCGAUGAAAGCUAUAAGAAAGAUGGCAUAGAGCGUUGUUGAGUUUCCAUCUUGCCAUCAAGACACUACGCUUGCUCUCUUCCACACUCGUUUCUACAGCUUCUUUAUAUAUCUUGCAAACUCUCAAAGAUGCAGCUGACACGUCUAUUUGCUGCCGGUCUCCUUACAGGAUCGACCUUGGCAUGGCCCGCUCAUCUUCGCCGGGGCGUUGACUGUGGAUUCUCUACCACCGCUGACAGCGGUGCGACGUGCGAGAGUUUUGCAUCCAGUUGGGGACUGUCUGUCGACGAUCUCAAGAAGUUGAAUCCCGGUAUCACCUGCCCCAACCUGGACACUAGCAACGAGUACUGCGUGAUUGGCACUGUCACCGACGAUCCGAUCACAACUUCGACUCCUGUGACCACCACCACAUCAGCAACCACUAAGCCGGCCACCACUACCACUUCUGCUACGAGGCCCAUCACUUCCUCUACGACUACCAAGGCCAGUAUCACCACCACGGCCGGCAAUGGUGUUGCCACUCCCGUGCCCACGCAGCCUGGAAUGGUUUCCAACUGCAACAAGUUCUACUACGUCGAGAAGGGCACCAACUGCGGCCAAGUACUCGAUAGCCAGAAGAUCAGUCUCGGCGACUUUGCCAAGUGGAACCCUUCCGUGAACAACGACUGUUCUGGUUUGUGGGCUGAGGUGAACGUCUGUGUUGGCGUCAUUGGUGGAGGAACUCCUGUCACCAGCGCCAAACCGUCGACCACUACAUCCGCGGGAAACGGCAUUCAGACACCCCAGCCAACCCAGCCCGGGAUGGUAUCUAACUGCAACAAGUUCUACUACGUGCCUAAGGGUUCUAGCUGCAGCCAAGUACUUAGCAGUCAGAAGGUCGCCCUCGCUGACUUUGCGAAAUGGAAUCCUUCGGUAAACAACGACUGCUCUGGCUUGUGGGCUGAAGUCAAUGUCUGCGUUGGCGUCAUCGGCGGUACCCCAGCCACUACUACCACCAAGAAGCCAACAACUACAACCUCUGCCGGUAACGGCAUUCAGACCCCCCAACCCACUCAGCCUGGCAUGGUGUCCAACUGCAGGAAGUUCCACUACGUCUCCAAAGGUGACACUUGCCAGCAGAUCAUCAGCUACGAGAAGAUCACUCUGGCGAACUUUGUCAAGUGGAACACUGGCGUUGGAUCCAGCUGUCAAAGCAUGUGGGCACAGACCAACGUUUGCGUUGGCGUGUAGAGAGAUCGCGAAUUUUCCGUUCAUGUACAUGCUUAGCUAGUGAAGUAGACGAGAGACGACAGUAUGCGUCGACGUCGAUUUAUUACAAUGUAAUCCUCAAGCAGCCUCAGUAACAUCGACACCGAGAUUGUCAACCCAGUCCCCGUGAUCUCUCGUCUUCACUCUACUUUCCUUCGC